AAGUUCCACACUGUGUCUUGCGCCCCCGAGUCCAGUCCUCCCCGGCGGCCUCGCCGCCGCCGCCGCCUCUGCGCGCUUUGGGUGUCGCCACCACCGCCGGAGACCUCGCAUCCCUUGGGACCCGAGGAGGAGUCCGGGGUCUUUACUCUCUACCAGAGUGAUGGAUUCGUCAGAAAUUCCGCCCUCUGACCGCAGAGAAGAGCCGCCGGCGGCGUCGCUGCCGCUGCCGGCGGCCUUUCUCGAGUUCCUCGGCGAGAACGGCCUGGACCCCACGCUGUACUCCAAGGCGGACGCGAUCCCGCGCUACAUCAGGUUAAAACCAGGCACGGAGUCCAGGGUGGUGGCAGAGAUCGAAUGCGAGCUCAAGUGUGAUCUCAGGAAGGUGUCGUGGCUGCCGGACUUCUAUGCGAUCCCGCCCGAAAUUCAGAUUGCUGGAUCCAAGGCUUAUCAGCAAGGGAAGAUCUACGGGAUUGAUGCAGCUUCUGGAGCUGCUAUCUUAGCACUUGAUGUUCAACCAGGAGACCAUGUUCUUGACCUUUGUGCUGCACCAGGUGCAAAGCUUUGCAUGCUUGCAGAUAUGCUUGGUAGCACAGGUUCUCUGACUGGUGUUGAUGUUGCAAAACACCGUCUUGCAGCCUGUCGUACGAUGUUGCAGAAGUAUUCUCUUGGAGAUCGUAGUCGACUCUUUGUUGCCGAUGGGACUUCAUUUUCCAUAUUGCCUAUGAACUCCAAUCUGGGGAGCAUGGAAGCUUCUGUUGGAAUUGAGGAUACUGGAAGCAUAUUCUCAGAAUGGACUUCAAAGAGAUCAUGGAAAGACAGACAGAAGUCUAAAAAGGCAAAAGCAGCUGAUUCACCUCAUCCAUCAUCGACUUCCGAACCUGAACUGAUAUACUAUGGCAAAGAUUCAGGAUUAGUUGGAUUGCAAAAACGUUAUGUCCUUUGCCCGUCAACCAAUGCUGCUGCCUGUACAUCUGGGUAUGAUAAGGUCCUAGUGGAUGCAGAAUGUACUCAUGAUGGAUCAAUAAAACACAUUCAGAAGUUUGAGUUCUGGGGAUGGAAAACAUUAGAUCGCCGUGUACUCAACGUAGAAAGAACUGGCAACCUACUUCAUCUUCAGUUAGGGCUUCUCACAAAUGGCUUUAAAUUAUUGAAAACAGGUGGAUCACUUGUCUAUAGUACUUGCAGCUUGACUGUUGCACAAAACGAGAAUGUGGUUCAGCAAUUCCUCUCAAAACAUCCUUCAGCGGGUACACACAUCCUUCUACAUGCCUUCAUCUGGAAGCUGCUAAAGAUCGAUCCAGCUGGUAGUUGGCCCUGCAGAAGCGGCGGCAUCCAGAAAACCUUGCGGUUUGAUCCCGCGACGUCACAAACUAGUGGACUUUUCGUCGCCAAGUUCGUCAAGUUGUGAUGUUCUUUGUGAGACGCUCUGUUAUGACCGGUUUAUAUUACAACCGGAGAAGGCCCACUUAAAUAGAGUUGGCCUAGUUAUCUUAUAGUAUUAGGGGCUUAGCCCAGUGUAUUAUGUUUGCUAGCCUAGGAAAGUUAUAUAUAACUCAUGUAAAGGACACCUUUUGAUUAAGCAAGAUCAAUCUAUUCUGACCGGCUCCUAGAAGGAGCCGGUGCCCUAA